UAUCAAAUUUUAGAAUCACAAGGAUUUGUUGUUGGGAAAACUCUUGGUCAAGGAUCUUAUGCCACAGUAAAAGCAGCUUAUGAUAUCAACAGAAAACAUAAAGUUGCUAUUAAAAUUAUUUCUAAAAAGAAGGCUCCUGAUGAUUAUUUGACCAAAUUUUUACCAAGAGAAAUAGAAAUUGUCAGAACAUUACAGCAUCCGAGUUUAGUUUCAUUUUUUCAAGUUAUCGAAACAACUAGUCGAUUUUUUCUUGUAAUGGAGUGCUGUGAACGAGGUGAUCUUCUCGACGCUAUAAGGAACAUGAAACAAAUACCGGAAGAUCAAGCCGGACUUUGGUUUCGAAGUCUUCAUGAUGGGAUUUUGUAUAUGCAUAACAGGGGUAUCGUACACAGGGACUUGAAAUGUGAAAAUCUGCUGGUUGACAAUUCAAAUAAAUUGAGGGUCACAGAUUUUGGUUUUGCAAGAAGAAAUUUACGUGGUAAAAUGGGUGAGAUAAUUUACAGUGAAACAUAUUGUGGAAGCUAUGCCUAUGCUCCUCCAGAAAUCCUGAAAGGUAUUCCAUACAACCCAUUUCUAGCUGAAAUAUGGAGCAUGGGUGUCGUAUUAUACACAAUGGUAUAUGGUAGGCUACCAUUUGAUGAUACCGAUCAUAAGAAAUUAUUAAAACAAACCCAAUCAAGAAUAAUAUUUCCAGCUAAACCUGAAGUCUCUGAAGAAUGUAGAAUAUUAAUGCUAAAAAUGAUGAUAAAGGGCCAAGAAAGGGUACCAAUUCAUAAUCUGGUGUAUGAUAACUGGUUC